UCAAAGAUAUUCACUAUUAUCUGUUAAAAACAAAUGGUAUGAGUAAUAUUCAUAUAUCCUUCAAUUUUUUUUGGCACAUUCUUGCUUUCCGUAUCACCCACCACAACUAAUUAAGGCAUAGCAAAUAUGGCAACUGAAUCGAUAUUUCUAAAAGUUUCGUGCAUUAAUGGCAAGUAUGUUGGUUUAAUGUGUCUUCAUGUACUUCUUGUAUUACUUCUCUCAAGCAUUGCAACAUCUUCGAAGACGAUCUUGGACACUUUACCAGGCUAUACUGGUACACUUCCAUUCAAACUGGAAACUGGAUAUGUUGCAGUAGGGGAAACAGAUGAUUUAGAGUUAUUCUACUAUUUCGUUGAGUCACAAAGAAACCCAGUAAGAGACCCUCUUGUGCUUUGGCUUACCGGAGGCCCUGGUUGUUCAGCGCUCUCCGGCCUCCUUUACGAAAUCGGACCACUAACUUUCGACUAUGCCGCUUUCAAUGGUAGCAGCCCAACGCUGGUUCAGAACCCGUACUCAUGGACUGAGGUCGCAAAUGUAAUAUUUUUAGACGCACCUGUUGGUACUGGAUUCUCGUACUCUCAUACCCAAGAAGGUUACUACAGCUCGGACACUAAAUCACCUCAGGCCAUAUAUCUUUUCCUUAGAAAGUGGUUGUUAGAUCAUCCCCGAUAUAGCAAAAAUCCACUUUACAUAGCUGGUGAUUCAUAUUCAGGCGUAAUUGUUCCCCAAGUUACUCUUCUGAUAUCAGAUGGUAACAGAGAUGGAAGCGUACCUCCCAUGGCUCUCCUAGGAUACAUGCUUGGCAACCCAGUGACAGACCAACAUGGUGAUCAGAAUUCAAGAGUGAAAUAUUUCCACCGGUUGACACUCAUAUCGGAUGAACUUUACGAAUCGAUAAAAGCAGGUUGCAACGAGGAAUAUGUUGAUCCAGACAUAAACAAUUCAACAUGCGUGGAUGAUAUUGGACUUGUCGCAGAGUGCACAAUAAGAGUAAAUGAUGCACACAUUUUGGAACCCAAGUGUAGCUUUGCAACCCCCAGACCAAAAACCAUGAACUGGGGAAGAAAAUUUUUUGACGACAUACCGGAUGAGAUCAUUCAAUCACCUACUACACGCGAAGAAAAGUGGUGUCGGAAUAGCAAUUAUGUGCUCUCUUACAUGUGGGCCAAUGAUCAAACUGUACAAAAUGCUCUUGGUGUCCGAAACGGGACGAUAAUAGAUUGGAAGAGGUGCAAUAAAAGCAUAGCUUAUGAUAGCAACCUCCACACCGUGGUCCAUUAUCAUGAAGAACUCCUAACGAGAGGCUAUCGAGCUUUAAUAUACAGUGGUGACCACGACAUGAUGAUUCCAUAUGUGGGUACACUAGCAUGGAUAAAUUUUCUGAAUUUGACAACGGUUGAUGGUUGGAGGCCUUGGACUGUUGAUGGUCAAAUUGCAGGAUUCACAGAGAAAUAUGUUAAAGCAAGUGGAGACGGCUUAACCUUUGCUACAGUGAAGGGAGGGGGUCACACAGCUCCAGAAUACAAGCCUAAAGAAUGUCUUGAAAUGGCAGAUAGGUGGAUGUCUUUCUACGGUCUCUAAGUACAAUUUACACCUACGAAAUUGUUCGAAGAUUUUGAUUUGUAAUGAUGUGUACGAGAUCAAGAGCCCCCAAUUUCUUACUGUUGUACUGAAAAUAAAAUCCCCAAGUAGUUUUGUUUCU